UGAAAAAGUAGAAUGUAAAAAACAACGUUCAUCUAUAAAUCCGCAGAAGGGAACAUAUUUUUGCAGCAUAUAUUAAGAUGAGAUCACAUAAGAUAAAAUUGUAUGUAACCACGUGGGUGAAAUUAAGGAGUUAUAACAGCAAGGAACAAUAACUUUUAAUUUAAUUUAAUUGAGAGACUGUUAUAGUUUUAAUUUGAACCCACUAAUUGCAAGAGGCUACUUUAAACGGAGAGGCGUGCAUUAACUCUGUUGGUGAUUAAAUACCGACAAGGUAGCAGACAGGCUCUCCUCUUCCUUCCAUGCCGUAAAAUGCUCUUUAUCGAUUACAGAAAUCUACCGGAUGUCGUAACUGUAGUACUGUCGCAAAGCCCGACUGUCGUGAAUACUGGCCGCCCACUGAAGAUGGCGGCGGAGCUGCAUCCGCGGAGCGGAAAGCUGAUCGGCCUGUCCAACUCGAACCGAACCGCCCGGCGCAACCAGCCAGUCCAGGAGUUCAACCAUGGCCUGGUGCUCAGCAAGGAGCCGUUGAGGGACCGGGAUGUCUUCACCGUCCGCAUUGACAAGAAGGUGAACUCGUGGAGCGGCUCCAUCGAAAUCGGCGUGACGGCGUUGGACCCGGCCGCGCUGGACUUCCCCAGCAGCGCCACGGGCCUCAAGGGCGGCUCCUGGAUCGUGUCGGGCUGCUCGGUGCUGCGCGACGGCCGCUCCGUCCUGGAGGAGUACGGCCGCGACCUCGACCAGCUGGCCGAGGGCGACCGCGUGGGCAUCCAGCGCAGCUCCCGCGGCGAGCUCCACCUCUGGGUCAACGGGCAGGACUGCGGCGCGGCCGCCAGCGGCCUGCCGCCCAAGCUCUGGGCGGUGGUGGACCUGUACGGCAAGUGCACUCAGGUGACGGUGGUGAGCUGCGAGCCGCCGCCGCCCUCCGCCGAGAGGGAGAGGGAGAGGGAGACGGUGGAGCGGGACGAGGAGGAGGACGAGGAGGAGGAGGAUGAGGAGGAGGAGGUGGUCGUGUGCGGGAGUCGGGAGGACGCGGGGAUCGUGGCGCUCAUGAACGUGGCGGCGAUGAAUGGGAUGAUGAAUGGAAACGAAGUGCCUGAGCUCAGCUGCAGCCACAGCAGACCAGACAAGUUCCCCAAUAACCUGGAGCCCGACACCGUCCUCACGGAGCACCAGCUCUUCGACGUGUUCAACAACGCAAUAGUUUCCUUCUACCGCUCCGAAGACGAGGGCGGAGGGGAGGACGGCGGGGGCGGAGGGGGCACGGGAGGCGGCGGCGGAGGGGGAGGAAACACGGGAAGCGACUCCUCUUCCAGAAACGACAGAGGCAGCAGCAGCGGAGGAGGCUCAACGACCAGCGACAGCGGGACGGGAACGACGGGGGGAGGCAGCGGAGGGGAGGGCGGGAACGCCAACAACAGCCCCGCCGGCAAUGGGGGGCUGGGCUCCGGGCCGCUGACCACUGGGAUGACCACCAACGACGCGCUGCUGUUCCACGAGAAGUGCGGCACGCUGAUCAAGCUGAGCAACAACAACAAGACGGCGGAGCGGAGGAGACCGCUGGACGAGUUCAACAACGGCGUGGUGAUGACCAACCGGCCGCUCCGACACAACGAGAUGUUCGAGAUCCGCAUCGAUAAGCUGGUGGACAAGUGGUCGGGCUCGAUAGAGAUCGGUGUGACCACGCACAACCCCAACAACCUGGACUAUCCCGCAACUAUGACCAAUCUGCGCUCAGGUACAAUCAUGAUGAGUGGCUGUGGGAUAUUAACCAACGGGAAGGGAACCCGCAGGGAAUACUGUGAAUUCAGCCUCGAUGAGCUUCAGGAGGGCGAUCACAUAGGCUUAAUGCGCAAAGCCAGCGGAGCGCUCCACUUUUACAUCAAUGGCAUCGAUCAAGGCGUAGCCGCGGCCCAGACCCCCGGCGUGGUCUACGGGGUGGUCGACCUCUACGGCAUGGCUGUCAAAGUGACCAUAGUCCACAACCACAACCACAGCGACCGCCUCAGACGCAACAACGCCAUCAUGAGGGCCCUGUCGCCCGAUGUCGGCCGGCCCCGGCCGUCCCUCUCCCUCACCCCCGACGCCGAGGGGCCCGACCGCCUGCUCUUUCAUCCCAACUGCGGUCAGAAGGCCGCCAUCAUAAGCGAUGGCAGGACGGCGCUGCGGCCGCAUGCGACUGAUGACUUCAACCACGGCGUGGUCCUGAGCAGCCGGCCGCUCCGCUCCAACGAGGUGUUCCAGGUCCGCAUCGACAAGAUGGUGGACAAGUGGGCGGGCUCCAUCGAGAUCGGCGUCACGACUCACAACCCGGCCUACCUGCAGCUGCCCUCCACCAUGACGAACCUGCGCUCAGGGACGUGGAUGAUGACGGGGAACGGCGUGAUGCACAACGGGACGACGAUACUGGACGAAUAUGGACACAACCUGGACCGGCUCAAAGCGGGGGACACGGUCGGCGUCGUGCGGAAAGAAGACGGCAGCCUCCAUUUCUUCGUGAACGGCGUGGCUCAGGGUCCAGCGGCCUGGAAUGUCCCUCCCAGUGUCUACGCUGUGGUUGACCUCUACGGUCAGGCCGCUCAGGCCACCAUCAUGGACGACAUGGUGGACCUCCCCCCUCUUCCAGAGGACAGCUCAGACGGCCCCACGGCCAUGUCUCCCGGGAGCCCCUGCUCGGUGGGGGGGGCCACCACGACCAACGACCUGCGUUUCCACCACCUGCACGGCACCAACGCCGUCAUCACCAACGGGGGGCGCACCGCCCUGCGUCAGAACUGCCGCAGCGAGUUCAAUGACGCUAUUGUCAUUUCCAACAGGUGCCUUCGGGACGGAGAGCUGUUUGAAAUCGUUAUUCAGAAGAUGGUGGACCGCUGGUCAGGUUCAAUAGAAGCAGGAGUGACGGCCAUCAGACCAGAGGAGCUGGAGUUUCCAAACACGAUGACGGACAUCGACUACGACACCUGGAUGUUAAGUGGAACGGCCAUCAUGCAGGACGGCAACACGAUGCGCAACAACUACGGCUGCGAUCUGGACUCCCUGACCACGGGCUCACGGAUCGGCAUGAUGCGCUCGGCCACCGGCGACCUCCACUAUUACAUCAACGGAGUGGACCAAGGCGUCGCCUGCUCCGGUCUGCCACCAGAAGUGUUCGCUGUGGUCGACCUGUACGGUCAGUGUGUCCAGGUGUCCAUCACCAGCUCCUCAGGUCCACUGGACAACAGCCUCUGUACCAGCAACAUCACUGAGAAGAGCUUCCCCAUCCACUCGCCAGUAGCAGGCGUCGCCCAUCGGCUCCACAACAAGCACGGUAAGAACGUGGUGCUGCUCGGCGACGGCUGCCAGGCCGUCAGAGUCGGGGGUUACGCUCACGGCAUCGUGUUCAGCGCCAAAGAACUCAAAGCGGAUGAGCUGUUUGAGGUGAGGAUCGACGAAGUGGAUGAGCAGUGGUGCGGUUCGCUGCACGUCGGCCUGACCACGCUGGCGCCUCCCGAGCUGCCGUCCUGCCCGCUGUCGGGCCUCUCCCCCUCCCUCCCGCAGCUCCGCGCCAAGGUCACCUGGCUGCUCUGCGGCUCCGAGGUGCGCCGCAACGGCGUGCUGCAGCGCCAGAACUACGGCUGCUCGCUGGACCGGCUGACGGUUGGAAACCGCGUGGGUGUGAAGAGGUGCAACGAUGACACCAUGCACAUCUUCAUUGACGGAGAGGACAUGGGACCUGCUGCUACGGCCGUAGCCAAGAACGUCUACGCCGUCCUGGACCUUUACGGGCGGAUAACGGCCGUGUCCAUCGUCAGCUCCUCGCUGAUGGAGGACAUGGAGAGCGUCAAGGCGCCGUCGCUGUCCUCGGACAGCUGCAGCGAAGGGGAGGAGGACAGCACCCCCGUCAGGGAGGUUGAGAGCGAGCCGUGCGCGCUGGUUCCUACGGUCAUGGCGUUCCUGGAGAACCACGGCAAAAACAUCCAGUUGUCCAACCAGAACCUGACGGCGGCCAGAGUGUCGAGCUACAACCAGGGCCUGCUGGUCACCGCCCAGCCGCUGGCUCGUCAGCAGCUGUUCCAGUUUCAGAUCGACCGUCUCAACCCGUCGUGGACGUCGUCGUUGUCGUUAGGGGUGAUCGGCCACUCCCCCGACCGCCUCAACUUCCCCUCCACGGCGUGCUGUCUGAAACGCUCCGCCUGGCUGCUGCAGCGGGACUCCGUCUUCCAUAACUCCCUAAAGAUAUGUGAGAACUACGGCCCCAACCUGGACACGUGUCCGGAGGGGACGGUGUUGGGUCUGCUGGUGGACGCCAACAGUUGUCUCCACCUCUACGUCAACGGCAUGGACCAGGGAGUGGCAGCGCAGGACAUCCCCUCCCCCUGCUACCCCUUCAUCGACCUCUACGGCCAGUGUGAACAGGUUACUAUAGUAACAAACAACGUGCCAGCUGACGGCGGAGAGAGCGGUGAGAGCCGCUGUCAGGCCGACAUGGAGAAGGCAGACAUGGUUGACGGAAUCAAAGAGAGUGUGUGCUGGACGCCCCCUCCGGAGGUCAACCCCAACAAGACCUGCGAGUACCAGGCUCUGUGCUCGCGCUUCAAGGACCUGCUCACGCUGCCGGAUGGUUACUUCAACGAAGAUGCAAAGUACAACCUGUGCUACUGUGAGUCCUGCCACAAGCUCCGGGGCGACGAGGCGUACUACAAGAGAGGAGAGCCGCCCCGGGACUACGCCCUGCCCUUCGGAUGGUGCCGCUUCGCACUCAGGAUCAAGCCCCACUGUGAGGUUUCUAAUGCACUGAAGAAGUGGCACAUCGCGUACCACGGCACCAGCGUAGGAGCCCUGCGACGCACGCUGGACCACAGCCAGCUGCUCCCCGGGUCGUCGUCCAUCUUUUCAGUGUCUCCCGUGAAGGACGAGGGGCCCAAUGACUACAGCGAGCCGGAGGAGAACAGCGCCCCCGGCAGGGAGGUUCCCAGAGUGCGUCUCUCUCCGACCAUGCGCUACUCUGGUCUGGAGAUCUUUGCUCCUAAAGUGCAAUUUCGGGACCCCCGCUCUCACCGCUGCCACCAGGCUCAGGUGGGUUUCCAGGUGUGUGUGCGUCCCGGCUCCUACAAGGUCGGACCUCAGACGCUCGGACAGAGCGAGUCCCUGGAUCCUCGCUUCAGCAACUCGGAGAUCGAGUGGAUCACCAAGGAGCAGGCCGGCACACUCCUCUACGGGCUGCUCAUCCGGGUCGAAUGAAACGGAGCAUCGAGAGUAGGCACUCGGGUGGAAGUGGGGGAGGCCCCGCGCGGCUCUCCUCCUACUUUUAAUGAACCGACAACCAAAUCCAACCCCUGCCUUGAGCGAGAGACUCCUCUGGAAUCCAGCUGUUCCUACUGUGGACUGUUGACAACUCAACAUUUUUGAUUUUGUUUUUUUGUUCGUCUUUUUCGGUUGUUUGCUCUCGGACUCUUUUUCGACGGCCGGGGGCUACGGCGGUUUCAAAGAACAGACACUGCCUGCACUUUAUGUUUCGGACACUCGUGGGUGAUUUUUAAACUAACUUCUCAUCGACACGACACGUUUGUUCAUUCGCUGAAGUUACUUUUUUUUUAUUAUUAUUAUUAUUAUUAAUUUUGCCACGUUUCUUCUCGUCAUCAGUUUAUUUUUUUUUUCCACCCUCAUCAACAGCUUUUUCUUCUGUUUUUUUUUUUGGCACUUAUUUUUCACGUCCCACUCUGUUCUGGUCAGUGUUUAAUUUUGGGAGGAGCCGUUUCCUGCCAGUCUGCACGUUAACGAACUGUCACCUAAAAAGACUGAAACCUGGGUCACUAAAAAAAAAAAAAAAAAACGAAGAAGUGACAAAAUCUUUUCACAAAAAUCUAAUAAACAAAAAAAAACCUAAAAAAAACAAAACAAAUACACUUGAAUCUGAGAAGGAACCCAAGAAGACUGUCACGUGAUUGUGACUUUGUUAGGGAGGGGAGUUUUUAAAACUGGAGGGGGUUAAAAAGAUGUUUACACAUGUACCACUGUAUGUUGCUGUUCUCUCCUCAUGUCUCCACGUUCACGGUCCCGUUAGCUUUGAAGUUGUAGCCCAGCGUCGACUCUCACUCCUCAUCAGACAGAAAACAUUCACGAGCUUUACACUGUGGACUGAACUGGAGCAUUACACAU